CGCUGCCCUCUAGUGUUUGCAACCGGGAGCCCUGAGGGCACCAUCCGCUCCAGAUUUUUUCUUUUACAGCCUAAGCAAGACCUGAAACACCUCGGAGCUCCGACCCUCGAGUUCUCCUCCGCAGCCACCGCCCGCAUUGCACCCCGGCUCACCUUUUCGUCCCUCCCACCCCCUUCGCCGUCCAGUGGCGUCCUGGGUGCCUGCAAUCUGCCGGGUGAUUCAGUAGACUGCCCCCUGCUCCUGUUCUUGUUCUUGUUCCUGCUCCUGCUCCGGCUCCUGCUCCUCCUCCUCCUCCUCCUCCUCCCCCUCCCCGCUCUCGCUCUCGCCUCCUCUUCCAGUCGGGGCGCCCAGACUUCUCCAAGCGCAGCGCCACCGGGCUGCCCAGCGCGCCCCGCUCCUGGCUCCUUCUCGCGGCAGCCUGGGGGCACCGGCGCGGGCAAAGGACGCUUGAGGGGCCCUCGCACCCAGAGCUCAGCGUGCCCCAGAGCCGGAUGUUGAGAGAAGCUGUGCUUUGAUAAAGCUCGGGAGAGCACAGAGCGUUUUCGGAGUGAGACUUCGGCAACCAGCGGGACGCCCCAGGUCACCCAGUGCGACGCGGCUGCACGCACGGUCCACAAGGUGAGGGGCGCACGCUGCCGGGGAGGACCUCGGCUUCCCUGCUCACCCCCUCCUCAGGAACCCUCAGAAGAAAUGAUGUGGUGUUUCCUUUUACCUAUACAAAAUGGAACAUAAGAAACUACAUAGCUGAAGAAACUACAGUCUUCUUAUAAAUGAGAGGCAUUGAAGUCUAAGUAAUUUCCAGCUGUAGGAAAAUAACCAACAGCUUCUCUACAGUGUAGAUUGAAACAGGGAAAACAUGAAUAUCACUAACUGUACCGCAGAAGCCAGUGUGGCUGCGAGACCCAAGACCAUCACUGAAAAGAUGCUCAUCUCCAUGACUCUGGUGAUCAUCACCACCCUGACCAUGUUACUGAACUUGGCGGUGAUCAUGGCCAUCUGUACCACCAAGAAGCUCCACCAGCCUGCCAACUACCUGAUCUGUUCCCUGGCUGUGACGGAUCUCCUGGUGGCAGUACUCGUCAUGCCACUGAGCAUCAUGUACAUUGUCAUGGACAGCUGGAAACUAGGGUACUUCAUCUGUGAGGUGUGGCUGAGUGUGGACAUGACCUGCUGCACCUGCUCCAUCCUCCAUCUCUGUGUGAUUGCCCUAGACAGGUACUGGGCCAUCACCAAUGCUAUUGAAUAUGCCAGGAAGAGGACCGCCAAGAGGGCUGUGCUGAUGAUCCUCACCGUCUGGACCAUCUCCAUCUUCAUCUCCAUGCCCCCCCUGUUCUGGAGAAGCCACCGCCAACUCAGCCCACCUCCUAGUGAGUGUACCAUCCAGCAUGACCAUGUCAUCUACACCAUUUACUCCACGCUUGGAGCAUUUUAUAUCCCCUUGACUUUGAUACUUAUUCUGUAUUACCGGAUCUACCAUGCAGCCAAGAGCCUUUACCAGAAAAGAGGAUCAAGCCGGCACUUAAGCAACAGAAGCACAGAUAGCCAAAAUUCUUUUGCGAGUUGUAAACUUACACAGACUUUCUGUGUGUCUGAUUUCUCCACCUCAGACCCUACCACCGAGUUUGAAAAGAUCCACAACUCUAUCAGGAUCCCUUCCUUCGAUAAUGAUCUAGAUCACCCAGGAGAACGUCAGCAGAUCUCUAGUACCAGGGAACGCAAGGCAGCACGUAUCCUAGGACUGAUUUUGGGGGCAUUCAUUUUGUCGUGGCUUCCAUUUUUCAUCAAAGAAUUAAUUGUGGGUCUGAGUAUCUACACAGUGUCCUCUGAAGUGGCUGAUUUUUUAACGUGGCUUGGUUAUGUUAAUUCUCUGAUCAACCCUCUGCUCUAUACAAGUUUUAAUGAAGACUUUAAACUGGCUUUUAAAAAGCUAAUUAAGUGCCGAGAACAUGUGUAGAUUGCAUAAAGCCAAAAGGCAUUGUUUUUACCAGCCUUGUUUGUGGACAGAGGAAAGGGGUUCAACUUAUUAAUUCUUGAACAUAGUUGGUUCAGAAAAGUUUGUAAGGUAGUGUGGUCCUUUUGUUUGUUUGUUUGUUCUGUUUUGUUUGAGGUUUGUUAUCUGGUGUGCCGUUUUCUACCUCUGGUUUUAUUUGUGGUACAUGAUUUCCAAUAAACAUCCUAUAAAGACAGAAAUUCCAUAGACAUAAUAAUAAGGUGAAAUAGUAACUACUUAUUUUUAGCCAUUUCAGUUAAUCUUGCAAUUAAAGAACGCCAAAAUAAAUCUUCAUUUGCAGAAUUUCUUAUUACUUAUAAAUCAAAUACUUCAUAACUUGCCCUCCUGUGCCAUUAAAACCGAGGUCGUGGCUCCAUAUCCAUGCAAAUUUUAGAGGGAACUGCAAACUGCAUGACUACAUAAAGCAUUAAUUAAAAAAAAAAAAAAAAAAGAGUGGUGCACUGUCAUCUGCUUGCAGACCUGAGCUAAAGUCAUUUACUGUGACUACAUAGCCCACUCCUUUUAGGCACAAAUAGUACAGCUGACGUGUCCUUUAUAGUUCAUGAUUAAAUAUGCUUCCUCAUUCUCUAAAAAGAACCUGGAAUGAACACUCUGGCACUUUCCUAGGUAUUUAACUAUGAAAAUGAAACAAAAACAAAUACAAGAUAAUCUAAAUCUCCUCCAGUGUGUUGUUAUAUGACCUGACAGGAACAUUGGACCUCCUCAUAUUCUGAGAAGAGUCCCACUGAGCCUUGCACACUCUCCCUGACUCUGGCAGGAUUUGGGUGGGAGUACAAGCAGCUUCACAGGGUGGAGUUACCAAAUGAAGGAAUAUAUUAUCUGAAGAACUUUGUUAGAGAAUGUUACUCAUUAUCAGUCGUGCACUUAGAAAAACCAUUAAAAGUUGAAAAUCUAUGUUUAGUGCAAAGGUCACCCAUAGACUAAACAAGCAUGAAAUUGUAUCCCUUGGGAUCUCAGUGGCUUCCAUGCCAGACUGCACCUUGUGGCCAGGAGAUGCAGAUGCAGAAGGAACCUGACCUGAGGCCACAGCGCCUGCCUGACCUGGGCUGACUGCUCUAGUCAUGUGGAGGAGCUUACCACAGUCAAGAGUGAUGACAGAAGGAAAUGAAAGUUUGCAAAUUUGUGUACACUCUCAAGUCAGUGACUAUUUUAUACCUCUUCUCAUUUCAACGACAGCUUCUCCCCAUCUCUUCACUCUCCACAGGUCAUCUCUCUUCUUUUUCACUAAGAAGACAUGAAUUUGCUCCCUCUCCACCUCCAUAUUUUAGCCUGAAAUCUACACCCUCUAAUCUUUUCUGUAAUCUUGCACAUUUCUCCUUACCCCUGACUCCUCUUCCCUACUACC